GUUUUACGAGAAGGUCCAAGCACUGCACCAGGACCCCCAGGCCUCUGUGGACAACCCCUUGCUGGCCUUCAGCCUCAUCAAGCGUCUCCACUCCGACUGGCCCAACAUAGUCUACAGCGACGAGGCCACCGAGAACACCCAGGCACUCCAUGCCGGCUUCAAGGAGGUGGAGCAGGAGCUGCCUGGAGCCGAGGACCUGGACGGGGCUGCCCGGGCACUGAUGCGGCUGCAGGAUGUCUACGCACUCAGUGUCAAGGGCAUGGCCAAUGGUGUCUUCCAGCGAGCCGGCGCCAGCCAUCCACCCCUUUACAGCCCCAGCCGGCGCAUCUCGCUCUCCGCCGAUGACUGCUUCCACGUUGGCAAGGUGGCCUACGACACGGGCGACUACUACCACUCCAUCGCAUGGCUGGAGGAGGCCGUUGGCCUCUUCCGCCUCUCCUACGGCAGCUGGAACCCUGAGGACCGGAGCAGCCUGGAGGAUGCUCUGGACCAUCUCGCCUUCUCCUACUUCAUGGCUGGAAACAUCUCCCACGCCUUGAGCCUCUCCAGGGAGUUUCUCCACUAUGACCCCAGCAACCGAAGAGUGGCAAGGAACGUGGCCAAGUACGAGAAGCUGCUGGAGACGGGGUCGACGGCAAGCGCCGGAACCCUGCGGCGCCCCAACGACGCCUACGAGGAGCUGUGCCAGCGCCCAGUGGGGCAGGUGGCCCCGGAGCAGCUCCCGCACCUCAGCUGCUCCUAUGAGACCAACGGCAGCCCCUACCUCCUGCUCCAGCCUGCCAAGAAGGAGACGGUCCGGAUCCGGCCCUACGUGGCUUUGUACCACGAUUUCAUCAGUGAUGCCGAGGCUGAGACCAUCAAGGGGCUGGCGGGACCCUGGCUGCAGAGGUCCGUGGUCGCCUCUGGGGAGAAGCAGCAGAAAGCCGAGUACCGGAUAAGCAAGAGCGCCUGGCUGAAGGACACUGCCGACCCGGUGGUGCGGGCGUUGGAGCAGCGCAUCGCUGCUGUCACUGGCCUGGACCUGCGGCCACCCUACGCUGAGUACCUGCAGGUGGUCAACUAUGGGUUGGGAGGCCACUACGAGCCACACUUCGACCACGCCACGUCGAGGAAGAGCCCCCUUUACAGAAUGAAGUCAGGCAACAGGAUCGCCACGGUCAUGAUCUACUUGAGCGCAGUGGAGGCCGGCGGCUCCACCGCCUUCAUCUAUGCCAACUUCAGCGUGCCCGUGGUUAAGAACGCAGCUCUCUUCUGGUGGAACCUGCGGAGGAACGGGGAUGGUGACGGGGACACCCUGCAUGCCGGCUGCCCCGUCCUGGCUGGGGACAAGUGGGUGGCAAAUAAGUGGAUCCACGAGCAUGGGCAGGAGUUUCGGCGGCCGUGCAGCACCCACCCACGAGACUGA